AGCUGCCCUGGCGUUAGUGCCGGUUUGGGCUGUGCUUUCGCCGUUAAGGUGUGAGAGGGUUGCACAGGAGCUGUGGGUGAUGUUGGACUGCAGUGUUGGUGUGUGGCUGCGUGUGUGAACAGAUAUAUAUAGCCGUACAUGUGUGUAUAUGUGCAUGGUUAUGUAACUCUUAAGGUUAGUGAAACGGGAGGCGCUGGGAAGAAGGAUGAGAGAAAGAGAUUGCUGUGAUAUAUUUAGGAAAGGAUCAUGGACAGUUGCAAAGAGGUCGUAAGUGAGGAGAGUGAGGAGGAAAGCAAUGGAGUCAACUUGAUGGAAUUCUCAGAUGAGAUCCUUCUGCACAUCCUCAGCUAUGUCCCUUGCACAGACCUGGUCCUGAAUGUCAGGAGAACCUGCAGGAAACUUGCAACACUUUGCCUUGACAAGAGUCUAACACAUACAGUUCUGCUUCAUAAGGACUAUAAGGUAAACAAAGACAAAGUGAAGCAGCUGAUGAGGGACAUUGGGAAGGAGAUCUACCAGCUGAACAUGGCCGGCUGCUACUGGCUGCCCAGCUCCACCGUCGACCACGUCACGCGCUGCAAGAACCUGGUGAAGCUGAGCCUGUCGGGGUGCCACGUCACCUCCCUGCGCCUCUCCAAGAUGCUCUCCUCGCUGCAGCACCUGCGCUCGCUGGCCAUCGACGUGAACCCGGGCUUCGACGCCAGCCAGCUGAGCAGCGAGUGCAAGGCCACGCUCAGCCGCGUCUCGGAGCUGAAGCAAACCCUUUACACGCCCUCCUACGGCGUCGUCCCGUGCUGCACCAGCCUGGAGAAGCUGCUGCUGUACUUUGAGAUCCUCGACCGCUCGCGGGAAGGGUUUAUGCUGUCGGGGCAGCUGAUGGUGGGCGAGAGCAACGUGCCCCAUUACCAGAACCUGCGCAUCUUCUACGCCAGGCUGGCUCCUGGCUACGUCAAUCAGGAGGUGGUGAGGCUGUACUUGGCAGUGCUGAGUGAUCGGACGCCUGAGAACCUCCACGCCUUCCUCAUCUCUGCCCCCGGCAGCUUUGCGGAGACGGGAGCCACCAAAAACCUCCUGGACUCCAUGGCCCGAAAUGUACGUCUGGAUGCUUUACAACUGCCCAAAGCCUGGAUUAACGGCUCUGGGCUCCUGCAACACUUGAAGUUCAACAACCCUUUCUACUUCAGCUUUAGCCGAUGCACCUUAUCUGGUGGGCACCUGAUCCAGAGGGUCAUUAAUGGUGGGAAGGAUCUUAAGAGCCUGACCAGUUUGAAUCUCAGUGGCUGCGUUCACUGCCUGGCUCCAGAGUCCUUGUUUCGGAAGGCUGAAGAUGACAUUGACAGCAGCAUUUUGGAAAGCCUGGUAGUGUCUUGCUGCAACCUGAGACACCUGAACCUCUCUGCAGCUCACCAUCACAGCUCUGAAAGCAUAGGGAACCACCUGUGCCAGCUCCUGUCCAGGCUAAAGCACCUGCUCUCAUUAGCACUACCAGUUUGCUCCAUCACAGAUGUUGCUGCAAGCGUGGAGAAGCCUCCCACCACACCUAAUUUGGUGCCCCAGACAUUUGGAAAGAAAGUUCGGAUUGGGGUACCGACAUAUCCAAGGAACUUAGGGGACCAGGCAAAUCAGAAGAUCGAGUCCUCAGUGUUUUGGGCUCUGAUGGGGAGCCUCAGAUUUUUGGAAACCUUGGAGAUAAUUGGGUCCAGUUUCUCCUCUGCCAUGCCCCGCAACGAGCCAGCAAUUCGGAACUCGUUGCCUCCCUGUGUCCGGGCACAGAGCGUGGGGGAUUCAGAGGUGGCUGCCAUUAGCCAAUUGACUUACCUGCAGAGCCUCACCUUAGCACAGCUGCCAAAUAUUCUCACGGGCUCUGGGCUCGUCAACGUCGGGCUGCAGUGCCAGCACCUGCGGACUCUUUCCUUGGCCAACCUGGGCAUGAUGGGCAAGGUGGUCUAUAUGUCUGCUCUCAUGGACAUGCUGAAACACUGCAGGUGUUUGAGAGAUCUCAGGCUGGAACAGCCGUACUUCUGUGCGGGUGCCCAGUUCUUCCAGGCACUGAGUCACUGCUCCUCUCUCCAGCGCCUUUGCAUCGUCUCCCGGAGCGGGACUCUGCAGUCUGACGCAGUGAUGUCAUUCAUGGCCAGCUGCCUUGAGGUCAUCAUGUGCCACAUGUUUAUGGGAGAGCCUCUUACCGUUUGCAAAAAUCUCCAGCAGUCCAUUGUGCGGAGUUUCCAGGCAGAACGCCCUGCAUUAAACGUCGUCAUUUUCCCUCUGCUUCACGAGGACUUGACAGAGGUCAUCAGAGAUGUCCCCAUGAGGCACUUGGAUGAAAUUACCUUGUUUAAAAGCAGAGUGGCUGAGGAACCUCCCAAUUUGUGGUGGUGACUGUCACAGCAUGGAAGGGACAAGUCAUUGUGAACCCAUGGAGCAGCUUCUUGUUGGCCUGGAUUUCCCAUCCUCAGCUCCUGGCCACCUCACUGGAUGCUGUACAAUCACUUCAAACAGGUGCAAUUGCAAAAUAAAAAAAGCUGGUUCUUUGCAGUGGGGUAACAUCUGUUGGAUAUUGCUUGCAUCUGAAAACCCUGUCUCAAAGGCUUGUGGAAUCUGAUGAGUGUUUCCUUGCGGUUAAUAUGAAUAAUUUUUGUUAUUGAAGUAAAAGGUAAGAGAAACUGACUUAAUGCUCCUUCCCCUGUGUCCCCUGGUGUGUGUCCCAAGGGCCCCUGUGUAUGUUGGCAGUGUGCUUUGUGGUUUUGGUGGAAGUCAUUCUUUGCUUCAGUCUGUUUUUGGCAAAGUAGAAAGCCUAGGCCAGCUCAGAGGCACAAAAAUGUGUUGCUCAAUUGAAGUGCAUCACAUCUUUUCUAUGUUACAAAUAGACAUUUGUAGCCACACACGUGCAGUCACAGAUAUUUAAAGGAUUUCUUUUUUUUUUUGAUUGAGAAGUACCACAAGGACUCUUUUUAUUUUUAAUAACAAAUUAUGGUCAUUAACACCUUGACCAUAGUAUGUUCCUGCUGAUGGUGUUUCCAUUGGUCUGGUGGAAGAAGUUCUCAGCUCUUCUGGAAAUCAUUGUCCUAGGGUAGAUGGUGCCUACAGUGAAUAAGUUGAGGCUCAGAUCUGAUUUAUAUGCAGUCUGUCUUGCAGUGUAGAUGGGAAUGUAGUGUUCCAGUUCUGUCCUUAUAUCCCAUGCCUUGAGCUCAUGCUAAUUUUAGAGAUGUUAUGAAGUAUUUUCACAGUGUGAUUUCAGUCAGCUUCUCUGCUCCACAGGACUUCCUCAGGCAUCAGUAGUGGUCUGGAUCACUUUCAUAUUGCCUUAUUUACUGAGCACUUUUAAAAGCAUCAGACAGCUGUACCAAAAGCCAAGUUACAAAUUCCUGGAGCUACAUGUCUGGGUGGCAGAAUUUUCCUUGGUACCAUACCAGGUCUGUCUUCUGCAAAGCAGCUGCUGACCAGAGCUGUCUAACUUCACCCAAAUUCUGAAUGUGUUGAGCUCUGCUUUUCUGGGGAGGCCCAGAGUUGUCCAAAGAUGAUAUGCCCAUCUCCUUGUCAGAAUUUUCUACUCAAGAUGCCCUUCUCACAAAUGCUCUUCUGCCCUCAGUGGUCAGAGGAAGCCUGGUCUAAUGGGAUAGAUUUGAGAACAAAAUGCCCCGAAGGACUUUCUGUCCUUACUUUCCAAUCAGCCACGUGUGAGCCUGCCUGGAAUUCUAUCCCACAGGUGUAAAUCACAGCCAGGCUGUGAUAACCCUUGUGCUCAGAGGGGUUACAGUGAAGAGCAGGUAAGUGUCAGGCUCUGCUAGCACAGGUCUGUGCCUUGCUGAGACCAAUCCCUGGUGGUUUGCUGUCUUCCCCUGUCAGGCCAGGGGGCCAGCACAGCCUCUGGAGUGCAGCUGGCAGCAGGAUGGUGAGGCCAGCUCCUGCUCCCCUGGGAAUGCUGCAGCUGAGCUCUGAGUUCAGUGUUUGAGUGUUUGAGGCUCUGCCUCAGCUCCAGCUCCAUGCAGCUGGGUGUGAGGAGCUGCUGCCCUGCUCCUGCCACUGUUUUCUCUCCCACUCUCCCUGAUGAGGUCGUUCUUUCAGCCUCUUGUCAUAUUACUCACCUGUUUGAAUCCUCUUCUCCCUCUCUUCUCUCUCUCUUCACUUCAGCACAUCAGAUGUGCAUUUUGGCUGGAACAUUGUCCAGUUCAGGCCAGUUUCAGCUCUGCCUGGUUUUUGUCCGUGUUUUCUUCUAGGAUAACUAUUGAGGACUGGGCAGAGGGUGUUUGCUUUCUCCUUGUUUGAAGCACUGGCAAAGUUGCUUUGUCCUGCUUGUGCCUCGGGGCAGAGGGAAGGUGGAGGGUGUGGAGGCAGCUCUGAUGCCUUAGGGAACCUGUUCAGUCCUGUGAAGGAAUCCUGAUAUUUGGUUGGAGUGAGGCCAGAGGGGAUUUCCCCUGCAUAAACACUCUGUGGCAUCAGCCAGAGCUUGGCACUGCUGCCAGCUCACCUCUUCCUGUUCCUCUGGAAAACCUGGACUGGGGGCCACUGGUGUGCAGAACCCAGCUGUUGCUUGGUUCUGGUGUUAAACCUUUGCUCUUGGGGUGGCAGUCACCUGGUGGAAUGUGCUGUACACUUGGCUUGGCACAUCCAUCUCCACCUGCCUCGUGUCCUGCUGCAUGGGAGCAGCAGCCAGGGAUGUUUUAUUGCACUGUUCUUCCGUUGCCAGGGAUAUGAUGUUUGGGCAUCUGUAUCCAUGCAAGUGGGUCACAGCUCCUGAUGAUGCUGCCAGUUAUAGCCAGGGCUAGGAAAGGUCACCCACAGGUGAUAAAGGUAGCAUCCCAAAAGUAAUGAAGAGCUAAAAUCUCCUUCCACCCCCAGCUCCCCAACUCCAGGCUAGUGCUUGAUAUCUCUACUACAAAUCCUCUUAUGGUGAGUGAGAAUUUCCGCUGCUUUUGCACUCCAGGCAGGAUUCACCAGAUGUUAAUAAUGUGCUUAUUUUCUCUAAGUGCUAUUUUGGCAUCGGUGUUAAUUACAAUUUAUAUUCUGCAACAUUUACACUGGGAAAAGAACCCACCCUAAUAGUACCCAAUUGGCAGAGCUGGGCUAUUAAACACAGCUCCAUAUGUUCUGAGCAGAGCAGUGGAUGGGACUCAGAGCCCACUCAGCACUCAGGCUCCAGCAGGCAGCUGUAGAGCAAGAGAAGGGAGCAGAGAGAGGGGUGUUCUGCCCCUGGAUUUUUUUUAUUAUGAAAUCCCCCUCCUUUUCUGUCCCCAUCUCCCCAGAAAUCUCCCUCCUGCUAUCUGUUGUCCGUUGUCUAAAACAAAUGAAUUCAAUUCCAGAAGGUGCCCUUCUCACAGGGAGUGUUUCUGCAGGAUCCCAGUCCCUGCUGGCCUGUUCCUUGCUGCCUUCCAAAGCAGACCUCCAGUCUUUGGGAACUGCAGCAGAAAUCUUUGCUUUGACCACCACCAAGGUGUCUGUGGUUCUGUGGGAGAAGGAUGUUCUGGGACAGGUAGUGUUCUUGUGUAAAACUUGAUGUAGUUUGCUGCUCUGCUCAUGUCCACAGUCUUGUUUGGCAUUUGGUUCCUGCAGGCUGGGAGGGUCUGGAGUGACACUGGUGUGAGGAAUUCAGAGGGACUAAGUCAUCUCUGGUUUUCUUAGGAGUGGAGGUUAAAGAAUUGCUUCCUCAGCUGUUUGCAAAGCUGAUUUCAUGGUCUCUCUAGGAGGUGGCAGUGUAUCCACUGCAGUGUUUGGAGAAGGAGCUGUGUGGUGACAGUCCCUCCCUUCAGGAGAGAUCUGACUGUGGUCACUUCUCUCUCAGGGAGAAGGAGAAGAUGGGAAUGAGAGGAGUCAUGGAUCUCACUCUGGAAGCCAGACACACAUCGUGAGGCUUGGCUGUUUCCUCACUUGUGGAAGGGGAGGAGGCUCCCCAGGGGCUGAACCCUCCCCAGGUGAGGAGGUGCCCUCUGGGGAGCAGAGGGCAGACCUGGGGCUGUGUGGACUGAGAGCAGCAGAGCCACAACCCCACUCCCUGUAAUUCCCAUCCCUGCCUCCUCUGCCGGGUGUGUGGGAUCCUGAGAGCAGAGCAGGACCCAUCCUCUCAUUGGUGUUCAGAGCUGUGGCAGUUCUGGGACCGUGACAGGUGUGAGACUGCCCAUGUGAGGGGCUGGGUGCUUUCUUCCAGCACUGCAUUUUUAGGAUAGGGCCGUAGAAAUUGGGGACUUUCCCUCUGGCAGAGUGAACCAGUGCAGGAGGGUUGUUUCACCUGGCCAAGGGGGAUGCAAUUCCCUCUUGGCUGGUCCCAGCAGUGUCCAGCCACAGCUGGGAGAGCAGUGCAGGAGCUGUGCUGCAUGUUGCAGAGCCCAAUCUCCUUGCACUGCAGCUCUGCUGCCUCUUUGAGAUGCGCAGGCAGCCAGGCUACUCCAGCAGGAGAAUCAUUUCCAUAGAAACCAAUUGGGAUGUUGUACGGGGAAUAAUGAUUAAUAGUGAAGGGAUGUUGCCUCAGGCCCUUCUCAUUUUUUAGGGGGCAGUGAGGGACAAACUGGGGCACAGGUAGGGGGACAGGGAGACUUGAAGACUAAUGGAAACCAUCCCUUCCAUUAAUUUCCAGGGCAGCUUUCCCUCUUCUCCUCCUACCCAGCCCCCCACUGCUGCUCCCAGCUUUCGUCAAAUUUUCAAAAUGGCUAACCUGGUUAGAAAUAAUCAUAAUAAUAAAAAAGGAUGGAUGAGGUCUGACUACUAACAUUGUUGCUGUUAGCAGCAGGAUUUCAGCCAUAAAACAUGAAGCAAGGGAGGCAUUGACCUUUCCGCUGUUUGAAAUGAAUGGAGACAUCAAUAUCUAUUGUUUUGUGGCAUUGACCUCUGACGCUCUUGGUUCGCCCUCCCCUUUCUUUUUUUUUAAUUUCCCCCUGACACUCGAGGAAAGGGGUCAGUCUGUUCCAUCUAUUGAUCCCCAUCUUACUUGGUGAUAGGGAAAUAAUUAGAAUUUUAAAGAUCUCUGCUGCUCGCUGGUGAAAUACAUACACAGAGGCACAGGCUAAGCCCCCGCUUGCCAUGUUGUGUUCUCCCCCCUUCCUUGCAGAGAUCCAAAGCUCUGAGAUCUGAAGGAAGGCAGAUCAAUAUAGGUUUAAUCAUGAUGGGGGUUUUAUUUCAGUUUUUUAAAUGGUAAAGUGUAACGUUUUAUGUUAAUGUUGUCGGAGCCUGGCUGCCUGGUGCCUUGUUUUAUUUAUUCUUUUAAGUAGCCCCUUCUUUUGUGAACUUCAUCUAUGUACAGAGAAUGUGAAAUCAGGCAUUGCUAAUUAGCUGUAUGACAAUUAAGUAAUGUAGCACAAAACCAUUAGGACACUGGAUUUGUUUUUGAAGUUUGUCCUUUGAAGUGGAAGCUGCAACUCCCUGCCCAAGGCUGCUGGGGAAAAUGUUUUUCUAUCAAAACUUUCUUUGAAAAUAAAAUGUCAGUGUAAGAGUCCCUAUUUCUGUCAUCUCUCCCUCUAAACAGCGGGUGGAAAUUGUUUCUCCUUGUAAAAACUGCUGGCAUUGAUAGGGGAAUUCAGGAAAGCAUUAAAUGGGCAGUUGGUCUCCAAACACCCUCAGUUCUGGUAGAGAUGUUACCAAAAAGGCUUGUUUAGCUCAUUGAGAGGGAUCAGUGCCACACUGGGAGAGAAAACCUGGCUCACGAGCCUGGAGAUGGCAAAGGGAGGUGGUUCUAAAACUGGGGGUUCAUCUCUGACACCCCAGGUGCCAUCAGGGUGACAGCCUGGCCACAGGUCCCUGCAGGCUGCUGGGUCUGGGCUGCUCCGUCCGUGCGCUCGUGGGACUCCUGUGUUUGCAUCGGCCCUUUGUCCUCGUGGUGAGUCAAAUUCUGAAUGUGCAACUUUCAUGUACGCUGGUGGCAUGUAAAACUUCCAAUAAAGAGUGAAACAUUUGGAACCA